UUUAUCUCCAUUUUAAUCAUGUCAGGAAGAGGCAAGUCCGGCGCCGGCAAGGCCAGAGCAAAGGCCAAGACCCGCUCCUCUCGUGCUGGUCUUCAGUUCCCCGUCGGCCGUGUCCACAGGCUCCUGAGGAAGGGUAACUACGCCCAGCGUGUCGGUGCCGGCGCCCCCGUCUACCUGGCGGCGGUGCUGGAGUACCUGACCGCUGAGAUCCUGGAGCUGGCCGGAAACGCCGCCCGGGACAACAAGAAGACCCGGAUCAUCCCCCGCCACCUGCAGCUGGCCGUCCGCAACGACGAGGAGCUCAACAAGCUGCUGGGCGGGGUGACCAUCGCUCAGGGCGGCGUGCUGCCCAACAUCCAGGCCGUCCUGCUGCCCAAGAAGACCGAGAAGGCCGUGAAGAGCAAGUAGAGCUCCGCGCUGCUCCUCGACCAACCCAAAGGCUCUUUUAAGAGCCACCCACUUCAUCCAAAAGAGCUUCUUCCUCAUUAACUACAA